AUGUCUAUUUACAGAGCUGCCAUGACGAAGUUGACGAAAAGUUUACAACAACAACAGCAACAACAGGCAGUAAAUAAUAAUAAGAAUGGUUGUAGUAAAGUUGUUGUUGAUUUUGACAGAGACCCGUUGUAUAAAAGUUUCAAAAGUCAGUUUAACGCUGUUCUUGCUUACCUGAUGAAGAGGAAGACGGCUGCGGAUUUCAAGAUGAAAUUAAACGAACAGCUGGUGAAAUUGUGGAGUAAUUUUGAAGACAGGCUACCUCGUGAUUUUAUAGAAGAAAAAAUUUUAUCCAUGGCGUCUCACUUAGUUAAUAAUCAGGAAUACGAAGCAGUGAUCUGGCACUGCUACGACAAGCUUCUCAUGAGGUACUACCCAAAAUCUUUCACGUUCAUCAACUUCGUCACAGUUGAACACUUGCUAUGUCUAGUUGAUUGUAGAGAUUUCAACAGUCUUCCUGUUGAAAACGCUCUACAAUCAAUAAUCGGUCGGAUUAUGUCCAAGUAUAAGUUACUGAUGUCAUCUGAUGCCAGCUUGACGAACGUUUGUUCAGUGCCCUCAUGUUUGCACAUGUUAAAACAGCUUCACGUCAUUCUUGACGCCAUUUUCCUCUACGACGAUCUCUAUUGGCUGGUCUACAACGGUCAUAUGGUUCUCAAUGCGGCCCUCAUAGCAAAAAGUUUGCCCACCCCUGUGUGUAUACGAGUGUAUAAUACAAAAUACCAGGUAUUACUGCACGUGAAGCGUUGUACAGAGUGCAUGGAUGCAUCUGGUGAAUUGAGUUCGGUGGAUUACUUGCAGUGGAGGGUGACGCUCUGCAUUGCUGUAUGUCAGUGCUAUUAUGAAAUUGGUGAGGAAGAGAGAGCUGAGGCCUGUGCCAGACAAAUGCUCCUUAAGAUGAAUGACUUGAAAGAAGAUUUGCUGAAAAAUUCAAAACCUGCCAAUGUUAAGGUCGACGAUGAACGUUGUGGCGGAUGUAUUGGCAGCUGCGAUGCAGCUGCCGUAGCUGAUACGACAGCUGCUGCUACAGCUAAUACCUCAACAACGAUGAAGAUGAUGAAAGAACGCAGAGAGUCUGAAUUAGGUGGGAAAAUUGGGAUUGGUGGUUGUCAUGGUAAUGAAAAAAAAGGUGACUUAUCCGUGAUGGUCUUCAAGAGGGCGGUCAUAGAGACGAGACGUAGACCUCGAGACUUCCUGAGGCCAGUCAACCGAUUCAACAUCAAACAAUUUGCCAACCUUCAGUGGCCGCGAACUAACACGGAAAAAAUGCUGGAUCUAAUGUUCAUUGGCACGUCAGCGAAAUUCCUGGCCAUCCUCAAUGCACUCACUAAUUGUGGUAGGAGGAGUUUGAGGGGACGGAUACUUCUGACGUCACCCGUCAAUCAGUAUGACCUCGGUGGAAGUUCAAGUGCGAACAACAACAAUAAUAAUAACCAAAACAUCGCGGUUGACCUCGAGGUACAAGAUGUCUACGAAGAGCUAUUCUUCGCCGGCCAGGAACUAAUCGCCGGAAUAGGCGGAAAUAAAAAUACGGAUGAUGUUGCCAACAGUAUGAUAACGUUAACGAUGACGACGAUGAUGAAAGGUGUUGUUGUCGAUGAUGAUAGCAAAGAUAAUGAUGGUGUUGGCGGUGAUAUCAAGACAUUGAACAAUCCAGCCUAUGAAAAGCAAAGACUAGAGUUAGAAAUUUUGAAGAUGGUGGAUAAGGUGACCAUGAAAAAGGGACUGAGAGGAACCAUUGAAAAAGAAGACAGACUGUACAUAGGCAGGCGACGAAUGAACAUUGAACUAACUUGA